AUGAUGGACCACCCCCGCGCCGUCCGUCCCCCUCCCGGUGCCCGUCGCAACCUUUUCCAAAGCUCAAGAAGACAAAACCCAACUGCCGUACGCCCAGAUACGGCUACCAUCUUCCAGCAGCCCAUGGAGGACGAGCUCGUCGAGCGGACACCAGACGGCGAAUACGCACUGUUUGCGCCGCAGACGGUGUACAAGCACAUGGCACUGGGGCUGGGCAAUGCGAGGGAAACGGAUGAAGAGACUGAGCAAGAGAAUCAGAUGAUCGAGCUGUAUGGCCAGCAGAAUGCGCACUGGGACAGGGAAGCUGUGGAAGCAGGGGUCAAGGCUGCGUUGAAGUCGAGCUUGACAAAGAAGGUGGCGAGCCUGGACGAGGACAAGUGGAUGUUUCAAGGAGACCCGGAUGCCCUGGGUAAAAAGUAG